GGGGGGUAUGAUAAAGAAGCUCGACAUCAAUGAUUAGGAAUUAUAAAGAGAGGGAGGUGCUGUUGUUUCGAAGGAUGAUAUUUUGGAUUUAGGGCCAGUUUGUGUGCAAAACAGUAUAAUAGAGUUUUCGUUCUUUGGAAGGCCGAAUUAAAAAAAUAAAAAAAUAUAUACCAAAUUUUAGCAGCUUGGCAAUAUUCCACUAACAGCUGAGGAGAAGUGAAAAACUGAAAGAAAACAUUUUUAAAUAAUAUGCAAUUCAAAUUUGAACCAAGGCAAAGUUACUCACUUAAAUUUUAGAAUUUUAAUUAAUUGUAGUUUUUGUUGAUUAUUCGCGAUUGUAGUUGAGUUUAAGUUUCUUGGGUUUGUUAUCAUACAAUGCUAAUGAACUACACAAAAGUAAGAAAGUGCGGAAUAAUUUGUUAAAGGGAGUAUUGUCAACAAUUGUAUGGAGACUUCCUUUUGGAUUAAAGUUUAAAGUAGUCAGUAAUGGAUUUGCUAAAUGAAGAUUGUCUGUACCAAAUAUUUCAAUAUCUGCAAUUGAGGGAUCAAGUAGCCUUAUUAAAUGCAAGUAAUUCUUUCGUUGAAGUGCUUAGUAAUAUAUGGAGGGCAAAAUAUAAAAAACUUUUUCUUCAGUUGAACUCUAAUGUGCCGUUGGAAUUAAAAGAAAAGAAAUUUUUUCUAGACAAUGUUCACCAAUAUGUCGAACAGCUACGAAUUGAAAGUAAUUCAAAAAAUAUUCUUGAAGCGUUACAUGGCAUCCGAUUCAUUAGAACGCAUAAGCUUUACGUUUCGAUUGAAAGUUCUGAAAUGUUAGGGUGUGAAUUUGUAGCUAAAUUGCAUGAUAUUUUCCCUAAUAUAAAAGAUCUGCAACCAGUAGGAAAAUUUAGCGGUGCAGGUUUCAAUUUGUGGAACCAAUUAGAACAAUUAACGCUUUGUUCCUGUUACAGUUUUCGUUUUGAAUAUUUAGAGCAAAUACUCCGAGAACUUCCAUUGCAUACAUUAGUAUUAAAAAGUUUUCAAAUUCAUUUGCCAUUCUCAGAAGAAAGUAUACCACUUAACUGCAUGUUAAGAGUUUUGGUACUGAAUUCCUAUGAACUGUGUUAUUUCACACCUCGAUUAGAGAACUUGCGACAUUUAAAGGAGCUCCAUAUCAGUGAUUUGUAUUCAACAUCUAAUUUGAAUGCACUACAUAUUAAGCUAGUGGAGCUACACAAUACACAUCAAAUUGAAGCAAUUAGUACACGUGAUAUCACAGCAAUACUUCCUAAAGUUAUUGAUUUGGGUUUACACAUGCAUUUGAAGCGCUUAAAGCUAGCCUUCGACCCGCAGGCAUUUUCAGAUAUGCUUCUGCAUAUCUCUUUACUAACGAAUCUGCGUGUACUUCACUUUCAUGCUUGCUAUGUGCGCAGUGAGCAAGAAUUCCAGAAAUUGUUUUUGGUUUCCGCACAUUUGGAUGAAAUAAGUUUGGAAGAUUGCUUUAUUAGCUUUGGCUCUAACCCUUGCCUAGAUGUAAAAGAAGUUAUUCAGAAUCGCACAAAACCAAUCACCUUCAACUUUUAUGAAAAUAAAUUAGGCUUCAGCGAUGCGAUGGCCAAAGUGAUAAUCAAAGGCUGCAGUAAUUUAUUCAAGCUGGAGUGUGAGCAAAAGACGAUCAACCGUUGUCGUUAUUUAGUUUAUGAAUUCAGCUGAUUUAUGAUAUUGUCAUUUAAAUGCAUUAAAUAUAUUUAAAUGCAUUAAAUAUAAAGGAGAUAAUCAAUUAACAAUUCAUUAAAAACCUGAAAUACAACCAAAGAAAAAUACCCAUCGCAUGUGCUUUGCAAGUUCUUUAGAAAUAAAGUACCGUUAUAUUCAAUGAUUUGGCAACUUAUACACAUUUACCCGGUAAUAGAUGCGACUUCUUCUCCAGCAGUGAAUGCAAAGUAAAAAAAAUGGGUAAAGAAAAACAGUUAGAGGGUGGUGUUAAAAACUUAAUAAUUAAACAUUUUCAUGAAUGAAAAUCUUUCCAAGGAAAGUAACCUGGCGGGAUGUUAGAUUUAUUACCAAGAAAGUGACAAAAAGUACUAAAAUAAGUGCUCCAAAGAUAGCCGACAGCAUCACUAAAAUAUCGGGCGAAAAUGUACGCCCAAAAACUAUAGCAAAAACUUUACAGGAAGAUAGCUAUCGAAACAGAGUUCCACGUAAAACGCCUCUACUAUCUGAGAAAAAUAAGCAACUUCGUCUUUAAUUUGCAAAUAAAUACAAGGAUACGUAUGAACUCUUUUGGAGAAGACCAAUGUUCACGGGCGAUUCGAAAUUUAACGUGUUCUGAAGCGUUGGCUGCGUAAAAAUUUGGCGUAAAGCAAUGACAGCUUAUCAAACCCAAAAUUUAAUACAAACCGUUAAGCACGGUGGAGAUAGCGUCAAGGUUUGGCUAGCGAUUGGAGCAACUGGCGUAGAACAUUUAACGUUUAUCGAUGGAAUAAUAUGUUUACAAAAUUAUUUUGGAUCAACAUUGGCAGUCUUCCUUGGGUCUCGGCAGCUCGUAGAUAUUUCAACAAGGCAACGGACCUAACCAUACAUUGGGUUUGGAGAACGAAUGACUAUGGUAUAAUACUCCUCGACAGCUUUAUAGUCCGCCGCAAUCAUCAGAUUUGAAUCCCAAUGAGCAUAUUUGGGAGUUAUUGGCACGAAAAAUUGCUAUGGCGGCGUCAACCAGCAAAUAAGCCUUGGAAGAGUAUCUGAAAAAGGUAUAGUCUGAAAUGGAAAAUUUGGUUUUAUCUACCCCACGUCGUUUAAGGGCUGAGGUGGGCCAAUAAAUAUUAAAAUUGUUUUAAACCCCAUUAUUUUUAGUUUAAUUUAGUCGAAAUAUGAACUAAUAUUUAUUGUAUUUAAACUUUUGUUCCGCGUGAUUUCAUGAAUUUUAUGAUAACGGUAAAUAUCUACGCGAAUUUAAAUUUUUUUUUUUGAUUGUAUUGUUGAUUAAUUAUGUACUUUACUCUAAAAUACUUAAUUGUAAUAAAUAAUGGAAUUUUA